GGUCUUCAGUUCUCUGGAGCAGGUUUUCAUCAAGGAUCUUUCUACUUUGCUCCGUUCAUCUUUCCCUCGAUCCUGCCGCUGAAAAACAUCCCCACAGCAUGAUGCUUGCUACACCGGCGGGAUGGUGCCAGGUUUCCUCCAGACGUGACGCUUGGCAUUCAGGCCAUAGAGUUCAAUCUUGGUUUCAUCAGACCAGAGAAUCUUGUUUCUCAUGAUCUGGGAGUCUUUAGGUGCCUUUUGGCAAACUCCAUGCGGGCUGUCAUGUGCCUUUUUUACAGAGGAGAGGCUUCAGUCUGGCCACUACCAUAAAGAGCUCUGUCAGAGUGACCAUCGGGUACUUGGUCACCUGACCAAGGCCCUUCUCCCCUGAUUGCUCAGUUUAGCUGGGCGGCCAGCUCUAGAAAAAGUAUUGGUGGUUUCAAACUUUUUAAGAAGGAUGGAGACCACAGUGUUCUUGGAGAAAUUGUUUGGUACUCUUCCACACAUCUGUGCCUUGACAAAAUUAUGGCUUGGUUUUUGCUCAGACAUGUCAACUGUGGGACCUCAUAUAGACCGGUGUGUGUGUGCCUUUCCAAAUCAUGUCCAAUCAAUGGAAUUUACCACAGGUGGACUCAAUCAAGUUGUAAAAACAUCUCAAGGAUGAUUAGUGGAAACACGAUGCACCAGAGCUCAAUUUCGAGUGUCAUAGCGAAGGGGCUGAAUACUUAUCUAAAUAAGGUAUUUCUAUUCUGAAUACAUUUGCUAAAAUUUCAGUAUGGGGUUUGUCAGUAUGUGGUAUUGUGUGUAGAUGGCCGAGGAAAUGUUUUUAUUAAAUCAAUUUAGAAUAUGGCUGUAAUGUAACAAAAAGUGAAGGGGUCUGAAUACUUUCCGAAGGCAGUGUGGAAACACUGAAGUUGAACUGUAUGUGGGUGGGCCAAGCCGUUGUGGCUCUCCUAUUCUCUCAUCUAUGUAUCCUGUUGUGGCUCUCCUAUUCUCCCAUCUAUGUAUCCUGUUGUGGCUCUCCUAUUCUCCCAUCUAUGUAUCCUGUUGUGGCUCUCCCAUCUAUGUAUCCUGUUGUGGCUCUCCUAUUCUCCCAUCUAUGUAUCCUGUUGUGGCUCUCCUAUUCUCCCAUCUAUGUAUCCCGUUGUGGCUCUCCCAUCUAUGUAUCCUGUUGUGGCUCUCCUAUUCUCCCAUCUAUGUAUCCUGUUGUGGCUCUCCUAUUCUCCCAUCUAUGUAUCCUGUUGUGGCUCUCCUAUUCUCUCAUCUAUGUAUCCUGUUGUGGCUCUCCUAUUCUCUCAUCUAUGUAUCCUGUUGUGGCUCUCCUAUUCUCCCAUCUAUGUAUCCUGUUGUGGCUCUCCUAUUCUCCCAUCUAUGUAUCCUGUUGUGGCUCUCCGAUUCUCCCAUCUAUGUAUCCUGUUGUGGCUCUCCUAUUCUCCCAUCUAUGUAUCCUGUUGUGGCUCUCCUAUUCUCCCAUCUAUGUAUCCUGUUGUGGCUGGCUACCAGAUGAUAAUGGGGAUCCUUCUAUAUGGGCCCAGCGAGUUCCUCGUAAGGUUUCUUUAUUCUAUACGGUUGCCACUGUCAACCGCUGUCCACAAGUCACCACAUCCAAGGCCAAAUCUGAUGUUAAGGACAGACUGCGCUGGCAACACAUACUGUGUUAGUCUAAAAAAGCGUGUUUCUGCUGGAGUCUUUGGAGGACCUGGACAGCAGUUUGAGGAAGCUCGAUUCUAGGCUGUUUGUGGUGCGAGGCCAACCUGCUAACGUGUUUCCCAGUCUCUUUAAGGAGUGGAACGUCACCCGGUUGACCUUUGAGUAUGACUCUGAGCCCUAUGGGAAGGAGAGAGAUGGAGCCAUCAUUAAAAUGGCCCAGGAGUUUGGAGUGGAGACCAUAGUGAGGAAUUCUCACACACUCUACAACUUGGACAGGAUCAUUGAGAUGAACAACUGCCCUCCACUCGCGGUCAAGAAUCACCCGAUCGUUGAGAUGAACAACGGCAGUCCUCCGCUGACCUUCAAGAGGUUCCAGGCCUUAGUGAACAGGCUUGAGCUGCCUAUGAAACCCCUGCCCACCAUCACACAAGAACAGAUGGGCAGUUGUCGGACGAAGAUCGCUGAUAACCACGACGAACACUACAGUGUCCCCUCUCUGGAAGAGCUUGGAUUCAAGACUCAAGGCCUGGACCCUGCGGUGUGGAAGGGAGGGGAGUCUGAAGCACUAGAGAGACUCAACAAACACUUAGACAGAAAAGCCUGGGUAGCUAGCUUUGAGCGAGCCAGGAUCAACAUGUGUUCGCUGAUCGCCAGUCCCACGGGCCUCAGCCCCUAUCUACGCUUUGGAUGCUUAUCAUGUCGAGUCUUCUACUACAACCUGAGGGAACUCUACAUGAAGUUACGGAAGAAUUGCAGUCCCCCGCUCUCUUUAUUCGGCCAGCUCCUGUGGAGAGAAUUCUUCUAUGCAGCGGGAACCAACAACCCUAACUUCGACCGGAUGGAGGGCAACCCCAUCUGUGUUCAGAUCCCCUGGGACCAUAACCCUGAGGCCCUGGCCAAGUGGGCAGAGGGGAGCACAGGCUUCCCCUGGAUAGAUGCUAUCAUGACCCAGCUGAGGCAGGAGGGCUGGAUCCACCACCUGGCCAGACACGCAGUGGCCUGCUUCCUGACUCGGGGAGACCUGUGGAUAAGCUGGGAGAGUGGCAUGAGGGUGUUUGAGGAGCUGCUCCUGGAUGCAGACUGGAGUGUGAACGCAGGCAGCUGGAUGUGGCUCUCCUGCAGUGCCUUCUUCCAGCAGUUCUUCCACUGUUACUGCCCUGUGGGCUUUGGAAGGAGGACAGACCCCAGCGGAGACUACAUCAGGCGCUACAUUCCUAAGUUGAAGGACUAUCCCAACCGAUACAUCUAUGAGCCGUGGAGAGCCCCAGAGUCUGUCCAGAAGGCAGCGAACUGCAUCGUGGGAGUAGACUACCCCAAGCCCAUGAUCAACCACGCAGAGGGCAGCAGGCUCAACAUAGAGAGAAUGAAGCAGGUCUACCAGCAACUCUCCCACUACAGAGGCCUCAGUCUCCUGGCAUCUGUGCCCACCAUUCAGGAAGAGGCAGAGCCUCCCCCGACAGACGACUCUCAGGCCAGUAGCAGCACCUGUGAGUCACCCCCGCACACUUCGUCUGCCCAGUCCAACACUCUGAAGAGAGGCAGGUCUUCCGAACCACAAAGCACCCAGAUGUGCACCCACACAAAACACCAGCACACCAGCACUGCCAAAGGAGACCAGGUGCAGCAACAGGAGCAAUGGGAGGAACAGUCAGAGCAUCAGCCAGUGGAUCUGCAGUGACACACGGAUCUUGCCAUGUGGGAUGGUGUAUAACAGAAGGACAGGGCAGAAGACCUCUGAUGUCCUGCGCUCACCCCCUAUCCUUGUGGCAAGACGAGUCACUUACAGACAUGCGCACACACACACACACACACUCAAAGCGUUUUACAAACCAUAACCACUUUCUAAAAUCUAAGAAUAACAGCAACUCCAGAUCAGUGUUAAAAACAGUACCAUACUGGCUAAUAAUAUAUGUGUAUACAGCAAGGUUACAAUGAAGUUUGUUCUAAGAAGGUUAGUUCUUACACCUUUCAGCUUUCCUAAUCUAGCAUUUAAAAUAAAUUCAAAACAUUUACCACAACGUUUUAUUAGUGUGUGAAUAACCUCUUUUUAAGACUGCAAUAGACCCUCAAACCUUAGAGUUAAGAACUCACCGGGCAAAUCUCAAACUGGGGGAAAUGUUUUAAAUCCCCCAAAAACUGAACACAUAAUACCAAAACACAUGCAUGUAAGUACGCAGGUCAUAUGGUCUAAAGAUUUGAUACGAUUUUUAUGUGCGUUUCAAAGAUGUGGAUAUGUUGCGAACCAUCUCCAUUCUCAACAUGUUUGUGUCUCUGAUUCCACUGUCCAUAUAUCUGUUUGCUAUUUUGCUGUAUGUUAUUUUGACUUCUAUCACAAUGACGUGAUUGGUCUGUAAACUAAUAUUUUGCCUGUGGCAGAGAAUAUAUAUUAUCAAUCAGUGAAAUAACCAACAAUUGUUGGUGCCCUUCAUUAAAGUUAUAGAGAAUCAUAUUCUAUCAAACCUUACUGGAAAAAGAACGGCACCCACCUGUUUCUACCCAUCAUGGGUAGUGAGGCUGCGGUCACACACGGAUGAAAAAUGCAUAUGCAUUCAUCAAUGUCCAUUCACCUCAUUUAAACUUCUCACAUAAGUUGCUUAUGUAAAAAAAAAAUGUACGGACAAAACUGCUGAUGGACGUUUCUCAUUUCUGUAGCACAUCAACAUACAGAAAAUCCUUUUGGCUCAAUAUGUUUUAGAUUUUGUGAAUCCAUCGAUCAAGCUUCAACACUACAGUUAAUGAUAAUGCUGUCGACUAAUACAAUAAUGACUUGUUUCAAUGAAAUACCAUGUGUGUAAAGGAUUUAAAUUAGUUCCAGCUAUAGUCUGUUAUAUCAGCCUUGUGUGUAUCUCUAUUUAUAUAUACAUUAUUGUUAUAUCUUUGUCAAAACAUACAUGACUUUCCCUAAACUUGGUAGCGUUAAGAUCAUUGUAAGUUCAUUGGUAGGCAAUUUGAGGAACAAUGAUCUUGGUGCUACACCCCCCCCCCC